AUGGCACAAAGUCUUCAGCGCUUAUACGGCAUACAGCACCUUGUUGCUCUCAUCAUCCUCUUCACCACCACCUUUGCGACAUUGAGCUUUGCCGCUCCCAUAGACGUAUCACCCGAUACCUCUUCACUGAUCGCACGCCAUGGACAGUGCCCAUCAAUCGAUUCGAUGCGCCAACAUAUUCGUAAUAAAGGCAUGUCCACCAACACCGUCUUCUAUAUGAAACCGGCAAGUGCGAUGGAGGCAGGUGGAUUCGCAGGGACCCUCACUCCUCCAGGGAAAUUCUUUGGUAGCUUUGUUACCUUUGACGAUCAGAUGAAUUGGGUGGACGCGUGUGGUGGUAAUACUGCGGAACAGGAGAAGAUCGUCAUACAUGUCUCGAUAGCGCUGGCGAGGGAAGCAUCCGGGACAGCAUACAUCCUGACAAAGGGCGCGAUUAACCCUACUUCUAUAUGGACACGGUAUGAAUUUCCUGCUCUCCAAAGGAAUCCUAGGAUCAUAGAGGUUCAUGAGUUCAAUUUAGAUACCCAGACAUAUACACUUAUCUGGAGGGGAGGUGACAUACCUACCCUGCCAGAGAAUGUUGUAUAA